AUGUCAUAUGUUACACUUCGAAAUUUGUUAAUCGCAGGAAAAGAUGGGAUCGAACUGCCGUCCAUUGCUCAAGGACUCCUAAACGAUCCAGUGCCAGAGCAUGUUGAUAGAAGACUGUUUGAGUACAUAGUGAAAAACUUUGAGAAAGUUGAGUGUGGCCUCUUCAGAUCGACGGCUCAGGAAAACGUGUGUGAAUGCGGCAACAUAUUCGCGAAUCAUACGGAGGAAGCGAAGGCAGCAGGCAAGCUCUUCUCCUCGUCUCCUUCAAAUUCGCUGCAGCUUGAAACAAAGGUCUCCUCGCCAACUGAUGCUUUCGGUGAAAUCAACUUUGGAGGAAGAACCAACAGCUCUUACGUAAGGUUGAGUUCGUCAACAGAAGCUUCAGCCGUGCUGGAGUUGAUGAGGAAGUACUGGACGAUGGACAAACCAAACCUGCUGCUCUCCGUCACUGGGGGCGCGCAAAACUUCACAAUGAAGCCCAGAUUGAAAGAAGUCUUCAGACAGGGUUUUAUAAAAGCUGCCCAAUCUACUGGUGCUUGGAUCAUAACCGGAGGAAUGAACGCCGGAGUUAUGAAGCACGUCGGUGAAGCUGUCAGGGAUUAUACACUGAAACAUGGCAGAAUAGCACCAUGGGGUUGCAUACUGAAUCGAGAAAGUUUGAUGUCUUCAACAGGCACAGGUUGCUGGCCAGCCAACUAUUCAUCAGUUGCAUCGUCCGUAACCAAGGAAUGUCCUCUCGAUCCUAACCACUCCCACUUCAUUCUCGUCGACGACUCAACGUCCGGUAAAUAUGGCAGUGAAAUAACCUUAAGAGCUGAACUUGAAAGAGCAGUUUCCAACUCACCCACUUAUCUAGAAUUUGAUAGCGAUGAAUCAGUAGCCAUCCCGAUCGUGAGCAUUGUGUUGGAAGGAGGACCAAACAGCAUCGAAACCGUCAAGAACGCAAUCGCUUGUGGAACUCCUGCUAUCAUUGUUCAGGGCUCAGGUAGAGUGGCUGAUAUAUUGGCGCAUGCAUACAACAACGCUGUCGAAGUAGAGAUUGUGGCAGAAGAUCAGCUGGGCAAGAAACACAAACAGCUGAUAUCAAUUGUGGAGCAGUGGUUGGAAAAGGAGCUGAUGGACAAAAUAAAAAGUGAACUGAAAACAAAAAGUGAUGAGCAAGCAAAACAGAUCUUGGAGAACGUAAAAAUUUGUGUGAGCAACAGAGAUUUCAUGACCGUCUUCGACCUUGACGGGAAGGACUGCGGCUCAGAUAUUGACAUCACCAUAUUGAAAGCUCUUCUUAAAUCCAACAAAGGCAAAAAGAUUGAUCAGUUGAAGUUGGCACUGGCAUGGAAUCGUGCUGACGUGGCAAGGGAGCAGAUAUUCACGGAUGAUGCCAUUUUUGAGAUUCGAAAAGCCGUUGCAGCACCACUUCCCAUGGACGACGCCUCGUUGCUGGGUUUUUUCAAUGGAGUAAUCUACACCAGCCUGCUUGCUCCGCCAGAAGAUCUUUACGACUUGAUGUACAAAGCGUUGAUUCAGAACAAAGUUGAAUUCGUCAAACUGCUCAUAAGCCGAGGUGUUAGUUUGAAAGAGUUUGCCACCGUGCCCAGAAUAUUGAGUCUUCUCAACGAGCCAUUGACUCGAAGAAACUGCAAACAUCUCUUCAACAUUUCGGAGAGCACUCUAGUUUCUUUGAAGCACGUGGGUCAAUUGGUGCAGGAUUUGAUGGGCCACUACUAUGAGCACAGUUUCUGCAAACCGCCUUACAAAGACAUUGAAGCAUCUGACUACGUAAAGACAUCUAACAUUCACGCCAAAAAAGAUAAUCCAUUAAAAAGUCUAAAAAUUCCUUUCAACACGCUGAGAAGUGGAAAAUCCGACAAACGGUUGCCCCUACCUGAGUUUGAAGACCCAUCUAACGUGUUGUUCCUCUGGUGUGUCCUAGUCCACAUGAAAGAUAUGUCCUUGGUCUUUCUCGAUAUAGGAAAGGAAGACAUAGCAAUGGCAUUGAUGGCCCAACACAUUUCAAAAUCCCUCCUUCAAAAAGAGCAGGAUUCAGACUUUGCUGUCAACAUCCAAAAUCAAAUUGAAUAUUUUGGAAAUUUAGCCCUGGGUGUGUUAAACGAGUGUUACUCGGUCGACCAGUCGAAGGCCACCUUAUUGCUUGUGAGGCAGAUGAGCUCAUUUGGAGAGACAACCGUCUUGAAAAUGGCCGUGCAAGCAGACCAUAAAGAGUUUGUAGCACAUCCGGCCUGUCAGAAUUUGUUGACCAACAUUUGGACUGACCAGUUGAGUGAUGAUAACAAUUAUAUUUGGAUCAUAUUAGCACUUCUUAUGCCUUUCCUAUCUCCCAUCCUACUGAACUUCAGACAGAAAGAAAUUCGGCUGAAUAAUGCCGAAGAUGCUAAGGAGAAAGCUCUCACGAGAAUGUUCCUCAACAAGAAGCGACAUAACUCGGAUGCCAGACGAGAAAAGAACGUUGCCGCCACACACAUUCUGAUUCAGCAGUCAAAAGAGAAGACCCAGCAGAAGGCCCAAGAACGAAACUUUGUUUUAGAAUAUUGGGAUAAGUUAGAAUCAUUUUUCAAGGCUCCAUUCACCACGUUCUGUUACAACUGUAUAGCCUACUUUGCCUUUCUGCUACUAUUCGGCGUCAUACUGCUCACCAACUUCUUCCCCGUCUACGGCAAACAAUCCAAUCAAGUCAUUCCCAUAGAAGAGAUAAUACUCAUUGCCUGGGUCAGUACAUUUCUUUUGGAAGAAAUCAGACAGUUCAUAGUGACUGAAUCAUCUCAUCCGGGUCAAAAGCUGUUCAACUACAUCUCUGACCCUUGGAAUGUAUCCGAUAUCAUCUCUAUCGCCACUUUCUACAUUGGACUCACUUUGAGGUUCAUUCCAACAAGCACCUGCGAGAGAUGCUUCUACGCUGGCAGAAUAGUGCUGGCCUUCAACUUGAUGAUGUUCUUCCUCAGAGUUUUGCACAUGUUUUCAGUACAUCAGCAACUUGGUCCCAAACUCGUCAUGAUCAAACAAAUGAUGGUGGAUCUUUUUUAUUUUGUCAUCAUUAUAAUGGUCUUCAUAUCAUCGUACGGAAUAACAUCACAAGUCAUCCUCUACCCCAACCAAGAGCUGAACAUCAAACUUGCGAGAGAUGUCUUGAGUGAUGCCUGGUGGAAUGUGUACGGACAGUUGGAUAUUGAUAUGGUCUCAGACGGCAAAUGUAGCAGCAAGCCUGACGUGUGUGACUUCAAUUCAACCACCGGCAAAUGCAAGGCUCUCGACUGCGCUGUCUACGGGUACGAGUCUGACAAAUGUUAUGGAAAGGAAGACAAUUGCGUGGCGAAUGAUUGGGUCGUGCCAAUUCUCCUAGCCAUAUACGCCCUCAUCACCAAUGUCAUGAUGCUCAACUUGCUCAUUGCCAUGUUCAGCAACACAUUUGCCGCGGUGCAAGGCCAGUCGAACGUUGUUUGGAAGAUGCAGCGUUACCAUCUCAUCCAGGAGUUUGAGAGCAGACCAAUAUGGCCCCCUCCACUCAUAAUCAUCGGCCACGUGUACCAGUUCAUCAGGUACAUGGUCUUCGAUAGGUGCUGCCGGAAUCAGAAAUCCACUAAAAUUGGAUUUCGCAUGAAGUUGAACAAGGUGGAAGAGAAGGAGCUGAUAAACUGGGAGAACAUUUAUUCAGAGGAGUAUCUACUGAACAAUGAAACCACUGCUGAGUCAUCCAUGGAGUUCAAAAUUAAUGAGACUUUUAAGAAAUCCGAUGACGUCAUGUUCAAAUUGGACCAACUUUCGGAGAGCAGUUUGUUUUCUCAAACGACAAGUCUUAAGGACGCCGCCCAAACCAAACUGCCUCCACUGCUGGAAAAAAGAUUUGCACAGAUUGAAGAACAAUUGAAGCAGAACGCGCAGGCGCUGACGCUGUUGAUGGACCACCUGAAGAUCAGUAGGGAAGCUCCGGAGGAAGUUAAACUUGCAGAUGUCACCGGCAAGGAAGAUGUGGAAAGACGACAGGUAGAGAUUAAAAAGAAGAAAGAACUUGAGACGGAAAGAUUGAAAGAGGAAUUGAAGCAGCACAAGCUUUCUAGGUCGGCUGUGUAUCCAGUCAUGUUCGAAGCUGUCGUCAGGUUUCCUGUACCGGACAACAAAGUUUCAUGGAAGGUAGCUUAUCCCUCGUACAAGCCUCCAUCUUACACCUCCGAUGAAGUCCUGGAUGGAAAUUACGAUGAAGAGAACAUGGACCACAUCAGCUUCAAUGCCGUCGAUCAGAUGCGCAGGUACGACAGACGAAGUUGCACGGGCAGGUACGACAUCGUUGACGGCUUCCCUCUCAACCCUAGAGGCCGGACAGGGUUGAAAGGUAGAGGAUCCCUGAAUCGAUGGGGUCCCAACCACAUCUACAAACUACUACUCACUAGAUGGGCUGACAGCGAACCAACCUCUAUAAAACCGAAAAAGUAUUUGCAAUUUUUAGCUGUCGAGUUCCUAGCUCCCGGACACAAAAUCAUCAUUCCCGAGUUAUUGUACCCUGAAACGAGCAACCCGACAAUGGAAUGCCUGCAAGACCUGCCUGACGCCGUCGAACUUAAGAGGUGGUUGAGAGAAGAAGGUGAUCAUGUGACCCAUCUGUUUGAGGAUCGCCAGGGAAGUCGCGAUUAUUACGACGAUCCUCGAAACACGGACAACGCUUGGCUGGAAGUCUCAGCAGACAUCUACCACGAUGAAGACGUCAUCGUCCUCACUAAUGAACAGCUCGGAGAUCCUCAAACGAUCAAAGACGACAAAAAAUUUACAUGGGUGAGGAUACACCGUGGGAUGGACGUCUACGCCGCGGAUCUCCCCAUUCUGAAAACAGCCGUCAACAAACUCAAAGCGUCGUUCUAAUCAAUAUUACGGACGGCAAGGAAUGGAACACAAUGGAGUAAUAAUGCAUCUGAUCUAUAUUUUCUAACCGACAUUUUUCAUUAAAAACGUUCUCUCAAACAAAUAUUCAGUUAUUCAUACAAUCUUAUUUAACCACGACAAACAUAAAAUAUCAUGAGUAUAUCAUUUUUGUGUGCCAAGGUUUGGCCAAACAACAUCAUGUCAGAUUAAUUAUGGCAGUUGUAUAUCGUUAACCCAUUUAGUUAUAUCGGUAUUUUAAGUUAAAAAACUUUCAUUUAUAUUUAUUUUAAUUUGUUUUAUUUAUUUAAUCAUAUUUUGUUAGUGAAUUUUAGUGGGCUAGGAAUUUAUUUCAAUUAUUGAACACCCGGCGGUAAAGAUUUUCCUGACUUGUUCUGGCGAUGUUCACAUAGUUUAAUUUAAUUUUCGCCAGCUUGAACCUGAGUAAAUGACAUCUGAUGUGAUAGAGAGCUUUCCUUCUUCGCACUGUUAUGUAUACCGCUGUCGCAUUGAAUUGUUUGUAUAAUCAACUGAAAAAAAUUUAUUAAUUUUUAACGAAACUUCAUUGUAUUUUGAAGGACAUCUGAUAAAAUUAAAAAAUCAUCUUGCUUACUAUAUCUUUUUCUUGUUAUUUCCUUUUAGUUGUUAGAAUUGUUUUCCUUGAAUGAAUUUAUACUGCAAAAUAAAAAAAUUAUGAUAA